AUGGUGCUGACAAAGACGUACUGCCUCGCGAACACGGCGGGCGUGCUCGUGGCGCGGCUCAUUGGCCCGGUGCUCCAAAGGUGGCAGCCUCUUUGGGACCCGGCCAUGUGGUUGGACGUGUUCGUCGUCCUAAGGAACACACUGGACGACGGGUCGGCCAUGUCGCCGUACGUGGAGCUCGUCGAAGACACGGUGGUUCCGGCUGUCCAGGCCUUGGAGUGGAAGACCACGGACUCCGAGCGGGUGCGCCGCUUCCUGGCGCAGUGGAAGGACACACUGCCUCCUUCCGCCGUGCAGCGCAUCCUCGUAGAGGUCGUCAUGCCGGAGCUGACCGCCGAAGUGGAGUCAUGGGACCCGUGGGAUGCCUGGCAGGCCAACUGCUGUCACCUCCUGCUUCGCCAGUGGAUGCCGCUCGCCGGUCCACUGCUGGAGAGCCUAUGCGUCACCGUGAGACGCAAGCUUGAGAGGGCGCUGCGGGAAUGGGACGACGCCGGCCACGCCUUGCUCUCCAAGUCCAACCUUAACCUGGUGGCGCCCUGGAAGGCCCUGUUCGGCCGGGCGAGCUGGGAGGAGUUCGUCGACGGGAUCGGCGUCGUGUGGCACCUGGAACAGCGCCUGCGGAGCCUCCGGAUCACGCCGCCGAAGCAGAAUGACGACGCGUUCUUGGAGGUGAUCAUGAAGUGGGCGCCGCUCGUGCGGGCGGAGGACAUGGCGCGGCUCCUGGAGGCCGAGUUCUUCGGCAGGUGGCGGCACGCGCUCCGUCACUGGCUGCUGGCCACGAAACCCGCCACCAGAGAGGCCGUCGAGUGGUGCAACGGGUGGGGGCGCGCCUUCACGCCGGAGCUGCGCGAGGAUGAGCGCGUGCAUGCCCGCCUCGAGGCUGGCAUAGACAUGGUCAACAGUGCGGCGCAGGGGCUGGAGAUUUAG